GGUAGUAGUUCUCCUUCUACUGCAAGAUCAGAGCCGCUGACGUUUACCAAGAAAAACUUUUGCACGCUCUGGUUCUCCAAAGAUGAGUCAAGAAAUAAAGCUAGAGACCCCAGAAGAGUUGACCGGUUUGUGUUUCAGGCAGGCAGAGUGACCAUCUGGAGGUGUUGAUAACAGAAGACUUUUAAACCCAGAGACUACCUGGAGAGCUGGGUAGAAUGAGACGCUCGCCUCUCUCAAGCUGGACUGCUAGGGUCCAGGUCCAGACCAGGAAGAGAGAAGACUACCUAGAGUGGCCUGAAUAUUUCAUGGCUGUAGCCUUCCUCUCAGCUCAGAGGAGCAAAGACCCCAGUUCACAGGUGGGGGCCUGCAUUGUGAACCAAGAGAACAAGAUCGUUGGCAUUGGUUACAACGGCAUGCCCAACGGCUGUGACGACGACCUGUUGCCGUGGUCACGCUCGGCAACAGACAGGCUGGACACCAAGUACCCUUACGUCUGCCAUGCAGAGCUGAAUGCCAUCAUGAAUAAGAACUCAGCAGAUGUGAAAGGUUGCUCCAUGUAUGUUGCUCUCUUCCCUUGCAACGAAUGUGCUAAGCUCAUCAUACAAGCAGGUAUAAGGGAGGUGAUUUAUCUAUCAGAUAAGUACCACGACAGCCCGGAGAUGACAGCGUCCCGGCGCCUGCUGAACCUGGCCAACAUUCUCCACAGGCAGUUCAAACCAAAGCGCAGCCAGAUUGUCAUUGAUUUUAAUACCAUCAACCUCUCCAGCGUGAACACCACCACGGAAUGAAAACACUCACCUUGGGGAGAGAGAGAGAGAAACAAGGUAGGCACAGUGGGAGAGAGAGUGGGAGAGGAAAAAAAAUUAGAAAAAAGACUCCAGUUGCUUUGAAGCUGUGCUGCUCCAGCUCAUCUGGAGGAGAUUCAAGGAUACGUCUCCUUGUUCUCUUGUUCUUUGGCGCCGCUGAAGACAAAGCCGUUUUGAAACACCUUCAUUUCAAGUGGCCAAACAAUGUCCUGGAACAUGGAAAUGUGUCUCUGUGAUUUGUCCUCUUGUGUGCCUCAUAUUGGUUAUCACCGUUGGUUAACUCACUCAGGGUCAAGGCGAGGGAUCACUGUCAAUCUGUCAUUUCUAAAUGUUCUAAAAGAGAGAGAGGAGGAACUGAUACUUUUUUUUGUGUGUCAUAUACAAUUAUUGUUAUGAACGUUUUACCUCUAAGAAUCUUAUGUUUUAUUUUUUAAGCUUUUUUCUUUUGACCAGCUUUUUAAAUGUUUGUUUUGAACAUUGUAUACAUUUGGAUUUGUAUGGACCAAUUAGCUGCAAAAAGUUUAAUUUUCAAUGUGUUUGUUUUUUAUGCUACAGAAAGCUAAUGUUACUGAAUAUAAACACUAUUUCAUAGAAGUCUCCCAUAAAAAGGACAUUUAACUAUAUCAUGUAAGGAUCUGUUAUAAUGUUAAUGGUCUGUGUCCUGUAGUGCUAUCACAUUGCAAUGUUCACUUUACGCACCAAAUAAACUGGACCAAACUCA